UAUAGUCCGAGCCGCGCGCCUCCCCUCUGUUGCCGGGCUCCCUCCUUAGAAGCGCUCCGCGCUAAGCACAGCGCGGCUCAGAGGGCACCGGGAGCCGCCGAACCUCGGCGUCGGGACCCUGCACACGCCCUCGCGCGUUCGUGACGUCUGCGCGGCCGGCGCGCGAUUGGCUGGGGAGCAUGUGGCGCGCUGUGGCGCGGGCGCUGACGGUUGGGCGCGCGGCCUCGAGGGGCGGGCCCCAGGCCUGGGAGCCGGGCUUAAGGGUAGCUCUCGCGGAGCGCGGCCGCCUGAGGUAAGUGGUCCGGGUGGGACGUGGGUCAGGCGCGGAGGGGCGCGGAGGCGGAGCGCGCGGCAGCGGGGACCGAGCCGGCGGGCGCGGGUGGCGGGGGAGCCUGUCUCGGGGACCCGCGGUCACGGGCGCGGCGCCGUGUCAGGACCAGGGCCGCGGGCCGGGCGGCCAGCAUGCCGGAGGUGGACGUGGGCAAGCUGGACGCGCAGCAGACGCAGCUGCUGUCGGAGAUGUGCAUCCUCGUGGACGCGGACGACCGGCGCGUCGGCGCCGACACCAAACGCAACUGCCACCUGAACGCGAACAUAGACCGAGGGCUGCUGCACCGCGCCUUCAGCGUGUUCCUGUUCGACGCGGACGACCGGCUCCUGCUGCAGCAGCGCUCGGACGCCAAGAUCACGUUUCCCGGCUGCUUCACCAACUCCUGCUGCAGCCACCCGCUGAGCAACCCGCGCGAGCUGGAGGAGGCCGAGGCCAUGGGGGUGCGACGCGCGGCCCAGAGGCGCCUAGAGGCUGAACUAGGGAUCCCCAUGGAAGCGGUGCCUCCGGAGGAAAUGAACUACCUGACGCGAAUCCACUACAAGGCUCAGUCAGACGGCCUCUGGGGGGAACAUGAAAUCGAUUACAUCCUGUUCAUGAGGAAGAAUGUGAUGUUGAAUCCGGACCCCAAUGAGAUUAAGAGCUACUGUUACGUGACCAAGGAAGAGCUAAGAGAACUUCUGAAGAAGGCGGCCUGUGGGGAAAUCAAGCUGACCCCCUGGUUUCAGAUUAUUGCCGACGCUUUCCUCUUCAAGUGGUGGGAUAACCUGAACCACUUGGAUCAGUUUAUUGACCAUGAGAAAAUACACAGAAUGUGAAUGUGAAAAUGAAUGGUUAGCGAAAUAGUGAAAAAUUUCUCCACUUAGGAAACUUAACGUGAUUUUUUAGAAAUUUGGUUCCCCAUAAGAACUGGUCACUUGAAACCUUGAUACUUUAUAACCAGUAUUUGUUGAAAAUACAACCCACUUGUUAAUUUUUUGUCACACACCCCUAUAUGUGUGCGUUGUUGUUCAUAGAAGACACCUGUGAGAGGUCACUGUCAACACAGGGGGCAAGUUCGCAUUCCCUCCAAUCGCGUGGUCCUGACGCAGGAACAGCAGGUGAAGCUUUUCAUUUUCAGAGUGUUGAGAUGAUCCCGUCCGCGGGCGCGGAGAACGCCUCGCUCUUGCCAAACGCUUUACGAAUCAUCCCAUUCUUAGGACGGCCUAGAAGAACGUGCAGGGGAACCGCUCGCUUAGCUACUUCAGAGUAGUCCAAGUUAACUUCCGUAUGAGCAGAUGGAACUAGUGGAGGAGGUCCAAAAGAAAUUAAAUGCUGCAUGUCCUGAUUUCUGUCACUAAAUCUUUUGAAUAGUCUUCGCCAGGUAGUAAAGCGCGCGCUCCGGUGGACGGUGCACAGGCUGCUUGUCAGGUGGAAAUCGAGUCAGCAGGGUGAGGAUUUCUUACCUCAGCGCUGCUGACGUGGGUUGGAUCAUUCCCCGUGAGAAUUCAUCCUGUGUGCUGUGGGAUGUCUAGCUGCUGGGUUCUACCCACUCAAAGCCAUUAACACCCCUCCCCCUCUGACAGUCACCGUGACACCCGAUGCCAAGUAACUCCUGGAGGGCAGAGGCACCCCCAGUCAAAAACCACUUCUACAACAUCAGGCCGUAUUGUAGGGGGAAAAAAUUCGCAGAAAUACGACCGUCUGUGUUACCAAUUUGGGUUAUGGGAUGUGUAUAUAUUCAUACUUAAAUUACACCUUGACUGAGGUGCCUGGGGGUCUCAGUCGUUAGGCGUCUGCCUUCGGCUCAGGUCGUGAU